ACUGGUGAACAGGAAAGGCUGGUGCACUGAUAGUUUGCCAGUCUCUCCUGCUGAUGAGAGCUGAGCUAUAAAAGCCCUCUCCCCCUCAUCUGGAGCCCAUUUCUUGGUCUGAAGUCUCACAGUGGGGAAAGCAGGGAUGAAGCUACUCUUUGCAGCUACUUUUGCACUCUUUGUGCUGUCUGCCUUUGACCAGGCAGACUCCUCAGCUUAUGACAAGAUAGUUGCCCAUAGUCGUAUUCGAGCAAAGAAAGAAGGACCAAAUGUGUGCGCUCUCCAGCAAGUGGUGGGGACAAAGAAAAAAUACUUCAGCACUUGCCGUAAUUGGUACCAAGGGGCCAUCUGUGGAAAGAAAGCGACUGUGUUGUAUGAGUGCUGCCCAGGUUACAUGAAGCUGGAUGGUAUGCGCGGCUGUCCUGCAGUUGCUCCCAUUGACAAUGUUUUUGGCACCGUCGGCCUGGUCAAAGCCACAACGACCCAGGACUACUCUGCUCUAUCCAAGCUACGGGAAGAGAUCGAAGGCGCCGGGUCGUACACUUUCUUCGCCCCCAGUAAUGAUGCCUGGGAUCUUCUCGAUCCGGAGGUAAGGACUGCUCUGGUGAGCAAUGUUAAUAUUGAGCUGUACAAUGCUCUGCACUACCACAUGGUCAACAAACGCCUGCUUACCAAAGACCUCAAGAACGGAAUGACCGCCACCUCCAUGUACAACGACUUGAGCCUGCUCAUCAAUCAUUACUCCAAUGGGGUUGUCACAGUGAACUGUGCCAGGAUCAUUCACGGCAACCAGGUGGCCACCAAUGGAGUGGUCCACGUCACUGACCGCGUCAUCACGGCCGUUGGCAACACUAUUCAGGAUGUGAUCGAAGUGGAUGACGACCUGAGUACUUUGAGCACUGUGGCCACUGCAUCCGGUUUGAUUGAGAAGCUGGGUCAACCGGGACACUUCACCCUGUUCGCCCCAACCAAUGAUGCCUUUGACAAGCUGGAUAGAGAGGUUCUGGAUAGGCUUAUGGAAGACAAGAAUUCCCUCCAAGCUCUCCUCAACUACCAUCUGUUGAACUCUGUUCAGUGCUCCGAGGCCAUCAUGGCCGGCACGUCUUACGAGACCCAGGAGGGCAGCAAUAUUGAGAUUGGCUGCGAUGGAGAUAGUCUCACAGUCAACGGCAUCAAGAUGGUACUCAAGAAGGACAUCGUCACCACCAAUGGAGUCAUCCACCUCAUCGAUCAAGUCCUCAUGCCCGACUCUGCUAAGCAGGUUAUGGAGUUGGUUGGACAAUCUCAGGGCACCUUCAGUGACAUGUUGACAGAGCUGGGCUUGUCUGCAGCUAUGAGACCCCAGGCUGAGUACACGCUCCUGGCUCCACUGAACACAGCCUUCAACGAUGAGGUGAUGUCCAUGGACCAGAGCUUCCUGAAGAUCAUUCUGGAAAACCACAUCCUGAAGAACAAGAUUGUGCUGAGUCAGCUGUACAAUGGUCAGCGUCUGGAAACACUUGCAGGAAAAUUUCUCCGAGUCUUCGUUUACCGCACAGCUGUCUGCAUUGAGAAUGCCUGCUUGAUCCGUGGAAGCAAAGAAGGAAAUAACGGUGCCCUCCAUCUCAUGAAGACCCUGAUCACGCCAGCAGAUUCAAGCAUGUACCAACUUCUGGUGAAAAACGGAGCCUUCAAGAUCUUUUUGUCCCUGAUGGAGGCAGCUGGCCUGAAUGAUCUGCUCAAACAGGAAGGAGAUUUCACACUUUUUGCUCCCACAGAUGAGGCUUUUGCAGGGCUCAGCGAGAGAGACUUGUCUCUUUUGAAGAGUGACGUUAACGCCCUCAGAGCCAUCCUGCUCUAUCACUUCAGUAACAGCAUCUUCAUCGGUGGAGGCUUGGAGACUGGAGUCACUAACCUCCUGAAAACACUCCAGGGCAGCAAUUUGAAGGUGUUGUUUGCAAAUGAGAGCAUGCUGGUCAACACUGUGAAAGUUCCUGAUUCUGAUCUAAUGGCCACAAAUGGAGUAAUUCACUUUGUUAGGACUCUUCUGUACCCUGAGGAUAUACCGGUUGGGAACCAGGACCUCCUUUCACUCCUGAGAAGGAUCAUCCGAUACAUCCAGAUUAAGUUUAUCUCUGGAUACAGAUAUCAGGAGAUUCCUCUGACAUUCAUGAAAAGAGUCAUCACAGUCCAGAGAGAGCCCACCAUCACCAAGGUGACACGGGUUAUUGAGAGCCCAACAAAAAUUAAAAAGGUCACCCGUGUGAUUGAAGGUCAGCCCUCUGUCACUAAGGUCACCAGGGUAAUCGAAGGUGAUCCUACCAUGACUAAGGUUACCAGAGUCAUCGAAGGGAAUCCAUCUGUUACCACAGCCAUUGAAGAUUUUGGCGAGGACCCUGAAGAAAUCACCAGAUACAUUCAAGGGGGAAGAGUGACUCAAAGAAGACCAGCAGUUCCCCGGAGGAGAACCUAAAUCAAGACCAGCCACAGUGAGCCCAAGUAGAAAACAAGACCUGAAGAGUUUAGCAUAUACUUCCUUCAUUUACUUGCGCAAUGGUCCAGAACCUACCAGGUUGGAGUUGAGUUUAAGGCAAAAGAAAAACAAACUCGAUUUUGCUCAUUCCUGUUAAGGCAAAAGAAAAACAAACUCGAUUUUGCUCAUUCCUGUUGCCCCAGAGAUAAUAGAUGAUUUUGUUCAAGUACAUUUGGUCCAAACAGGAAUAUGAAAUUCCCCAGACGUUUGUAAAUAUUUCAAGCUUUCUCUCUUUUUUGUUGUAAAAUGUGGUUUGAAAAAUGACCGGUUCAUGAAUAAGUGAUCAUAUGUGACGUGAUACACAAAAUCUGAUGCUUUCUGAUGAUUUUGUGUGAAAACAAUUCAGAAACAUUUGUACAACCAUGCAUUACGGUUGGAGUACACUCAUUACUUGAGGCAUCCGGAAAAAAAAAAUGGAAGCGUUCAUAUGAAAUACAUGGUGUAGGGAAGAGUUGCCUUAAACCAGUAAUAUGAAUUUAUUUUUUUCUGGGGUUUACCGUUGCAUGGACAAUGAUUUUAUGGUGCUCAUGUUUAGAUGGUGUAAAAUCUAAAAUAAAGACAGAAAUUGUGUUGCAUUGUUUUGUUAUAAAAUCUCAAAUCUUUUUCAUGUUUCUUUUCUGGUGGGAUAGAGGUUAAAUGUUCUUCUUUAGUGUUUUGUGUGUGUAUGUAAGUGUGUCCAUUUGCAUAAACCAUGCACAAAUGUGCUGAACAAUGCAUGCUUUGAAAACUCAAAGCUUUAUCUCAAACUGAAUUUUCUUGUUUCCAGUCCAAAUUUAAUUCAACAUGAACAGGUUUUGGCUCCUUUGCAUUUAUUUUUCAAUUUCCAUAAUAAACUCAACUUUUAGACAUGGAA